CGUAGCGAAGUGUAGACGUACUACGAAUUACGGUGUUGCUACGAAUAUUUGUUUCAGUGCAAUGAUCUUUUUCAAGAUGAGCGUGUUGUUGCUUUUCAUUCUGGCUACUGCAACUGGUGCGUCGAAUGACAUUCCUCCAAGAGUUGAGGACGGCAUCGAAGUGGAUCCUUGGUCAUCGGAUGCUGAAGACAGAAUCGAAACUGAUAUGUAUUGGAGAAGGAAUUUACUUCUAUAUCGACUGUUGAAAAUGCUUCAAGGAAAUGGAGACAGAUACAACGUGGAAGAUGAACCAAUUAUCAAGGAAAACGUUGAACACAAUAUCUCAGAAUUACCGGAUCUGAAAGAAGCAGAUGAGAAGAAAUGGGUCACCGCUCUGUCUACCAAUACCGGCAAGAGCAACAAGACUCCAAAGUCCCGACCUCAACCAAAAUGGAAUUCGAAGAAGGGCAAAGGCACUCCAAUGCUGUGUUACUUCAAGCUUUGCUCAUUCCGAUCUCCGAUGUAAUUUUGGGAUUUAAAUAUUCGAGCGAAGUCACGUAGAUUCCUGUGCUUGCCUAGUUUAAUGAAAUCGUAAUAUAAAAUUAUGUUUCAUAACGUGUUAAC